AUGCCAUGCAAGAUACCAUACGACUCCCUCCCUCCCACCUUGUCUGCCACCCCUUACGCACUCUCCUCCUGGGCUGGGCGCUCAACCAGCCACUUCAAUUUGAAGACUCUAUUAUUGCCGUUCGCAGUGGAAGGUGGCUCGUGCGCAGUGGAAGGUGGCUCGUGCGCAGUGGAAGGUGGCUCGUGCGCAGUGGAAGGUGGCUCGUGCGCAGUGGAAGGUGGCUCGUGCGCAGUGGAAGGUGGCUCGUGCGCAGUGGAAGGUGGCUCGUGCGCAGUGGAAGGUGGCUCGUGCGCAGUGGAAGGUGGCUCGUGCGCAGUGGAAGGUGGCUCGUGCGCAGUGGAAGGUGGCUCGUGCGCAGUGGAAGGUGGCUCGUGCGCAGUGGAAGGGUGGCUCGUGCGCAGUGGAAGGUGGCUCGUGGCGCAGUGGAAGGUGGCUCGUAGCGCAGUGGAAGGUGGCUCGUGCGCAGUGGAAGGUGGCUCGUGCGCAGUGGAAGGUGGCUCGUGCGCAGUGGAAGGUGGCUCGUGCGCAGUGGAAGGUGGCUCGUGCGCAGUGGAAGGUGCUCGUCCCUGCGCAGUGGAAGGUGGCUCGUGCGCAGUGGAAGGUGGCUCGUGCGCAGUGGAAGGGUGGCUCGUGCGCAGUGGAAGGUGGCUCCGUGCGCAGUGGAAGGUGGCUCGUGCGCAGUGGAAGGUGGCUCGUGCGCAGUGGAGAGGUGGCUCGUGCGCAGUGGAAGGUGGCUCGUGCGCAGUGGAAAGUUGGCUCGUGCGCAGUGGAAGGUGGCUCGUGCGCAGUGAGAGGUGGCUCGUGCGCAGUGGAAGGUGGCUCGUGCGCAGUGGAAGGUGGCUCGUGGCGCAGUGGAAGGUGGCUCGUAGCGCAGUGGAAAGGGGCUCGUGCGCAGUGGAAGGUGGCUCGUGCGCAGUGGAAGGUGGCUCGUGCGCAGUGGAAGGUGGCUCGUGCGCAGUGGAAGGUGGCUCGUGCGCAGUGGAAGGUGGCUCGUGCGCAGUGGAAGGUGGCUUCGUAGGCGCAGUGGAAGGUGGCUCGUUGCGCAGUGGAAGGUGGCUCGUGCGAAGUGGAAGGUGGCUCGUGCGCAGUGGAAGGUGGCUCGUGCGCAGUGGAAGGUGGCUCGUGCGCAGUGGAAGGUGGUGUGCGCAGUGGAAGGUGGCUCGUAUGCGCAGUGGAAGGUGGCUCGUGCGCAGUGGAAGGUGGCUCGUGCGCAGUGGAAGGUGGCUCGUGCGCAGUGGAAGGUGGCUCGUGCGCAGUGGAAGGUUGGCUCGUGUCGCAGUGGAAGUGCUCCGUGCGCAGUGGAAGGUGGCUCGUGCGCAGUGGAAGGUGGCUCGUGCGCAGUGGAAGGUGGCUCGUGCGCAGUGGAAGGUGGCUCUUGCGCAGUGGAAGGUGGCUCGUGCGCAGUGGAAGGUGGCUCGUGCGCAGUGGAAGUGGAAGGUGGCUCGUGCGCAGUGGAAAGGUGGCCGUGCGCAGUGGAAGGUGGCUCGUGCGCAGUGGAAGGUGGCUCGUGCGCAGUGGAAGGUGGCUCGUGCGCAGUGGAAGGUGGCUCGUGCGCAGUGGAAGGUGGCUCGUGCGCAGUGGAAGGUGGCUCGUGCGCAGUGGAAGGUGGCUCGUGCGCAGUGGAAGGUGGCUCGUGCGCAGUGGAAGGUGGCUCGUGCGCAGUGGAAGGUGGCUCGUGCGCAGUGGAAGGUGGCUCGUGCGCAGUGGAAGGUGGCUCGUGCGCAGUGGAAGGUGGCUCGUGCGCAGUGGAAGGUGGCUCGUGCGCAGUGGAAGGUGGCUCGUGCGCAGUGGAAGGUGGCUCGUGCGCAGUGGAAGGUGGCUCGUGCGCAGUGGAAGGUGGCUCGUGCGCAGUGGAAGGUGGCUCGUGCGCAGUGGAAGGUGGCUCGUGCGCAGUGGAAGGUGGCUCGUGCGCAGUGGAAGGUGGCUCGUGCGCAGUGGAAGGUGGCUCGUGCGCAGUGGAAGGUGGCUCGUGCGCAGUGGAAGGUGGCUCGUGCGCAGUGGAAGGUGGCUCGUGCGCAGUGGAAGGUGGCUCGUGCGCAGUGGAAGGUGGCUCGUGCGCAGUGGAAGGUGGCUCGUGCGCAGUGGAAGGUGGCUCGUGCGCAGUGGAAGGUGGCUCGUGCGCAGUGGAAGGUGGCUCGUGCGCAGUGGAAGGUGGCUCGUGCGCAGUGGAAGGUGGCUCGUGCGCAGUGGAAGGUGGCUCGUGCGCAGUGGAAGGUGGCUCGUGCGCAGUGGAAGGUGGCUCGUGCGCAGUGGAAGGUGGCUCGUGCGCAGUGGAAGGUGGCUCGUGCGCAGUGGAAGGUGGCUCGUGCGCAGUGGAAGGUGGCUCGUGCGCAGUGGAAGGUGGCUCGUGCGCAGUGGAAGGUGGCUCGUGCGCAGUGGAAGGUGGCUCGUGCGCAGUGGAAGGUGGCUCGUGCGCAGUGGAAGGUGGCUCGUGCGCAGUGGAAGGUGGCUCGUGCGCAGUGGAAGGUGGCUCGUGCGCAGUGGAAGGUGGCUCGUGCGCAGUGGAAGGUGGCUCGUAGCGCAGUGGAAGGUGGCUCGUGCGCAGUGGAAGGUGGCUCGUGCGCAGUGGAAGGUGGCUCGUGCGCAGUGGAAGGUGGCUCGUGCGCAGUGGAAGGUGGCUCGUGCGCAGUGGAAGGUGGCUCGUGCGCAGUGGAAGGUGGCUCGUGCGCAGUGGAAGGUGGCUCGUGCGCAGUGGAAGGUGGCUCGUGCGCAGUGGAAGGUGGCUCGUGCGCAGUGGAAGGUGGCUCGUGCGCAGUGGAAGGUGGCUCGUGCGCAGUGGAAGGUGGCUCGUGCGCAGUGGAAGGUGGCUCGUGCGCAUGGAAGGUGGCUCGUGCGCAGUGGAAGGUGGCUCGUGCCGCAGUGGAAGGUGGCUCGUGCGCAGUGGAAGGUGGCUCGUGCGCAGUGGAAGGUGGCUCGUGCGCAGUGGAAGUGGAAGUGGAAGGUGGCUCGUGCGCAGUGGAAGGUGGCUCGUGCGCAGUGGAAGGUGGCUCGUGCGCAGUGGAAGGUGGCUCGUGCGCAGUGGAAGGUGGCUCGUGCGCAGUGAAGGUGGCUCGUGCGCAGUGGAAGGUGGCUCGUGCGCAGUGGAAGGUGGCUCGUGCGCAGUGGAAGGUGGCUCGUGCGCAGUGGAAGGUGGCUCGUGCGCAGUGGAAGGUGGCUCGUGCGCAGUGGAAGGUGGCUCGUGCGCAGUGGAAGGUGGCUCGUGCGCAGUGGAAGGUGGCUCGUGCGCAGUGGAAGGUGGCUCGUGCGCAGUGGAAGGUGGCUCGUGCGCAGUGGAAGGUGGCUCGUGCGCAGUGGAAGGUGGCUCGUGCGCAGUGGAAGGUGGCUCGUGCGCAGUGGAAGGUGGCUCGUGCGCAGUGGAAGGUGGCUCGUGCGCAGUGGAAGGUGGCUCGUGCGCAGUGGAAGGUGGCUCGUGCGCAGUGGAAGGUGGCUCGUGCGCAGUGGAAGGUGGCUCGUGCGCAGUGGAAGGUGGCUCGUGCGGCAGUGGAAGGUGGCUCGUGCGCAGUGGAAGGUGGCUCGUGCGCAGUGGAAGGUGGCUCGUGCGCAGUGGAAGGUGGCGCUACUGUGCAGCAGUGGAAGGUGGCUCGUGCGCAGUGGAAGGUGGCUCGUGCGCAGUGGAAGGUGGCUCGUGCGCAGUGGAAGGUGGCUCGUGCGCAGUGGAAGGUGGCCUCCGUGCGCAGUGGAAGGUGGCUCGUGGGCGCAGUGGAAGGUGGCUCGUGGCCAGUGGAAGGUGGCUCGUGCGCAGUGGAAGGUGGCUCGUGGCGCAGUGAAGGUGGCUCGUGCGCAGUGGAAGGUGGCUCGUGCGCAGUGGAAGGUGGCUCUUGCGCAGUGGAAGGUGGCUCGUGCGCAGUGGAAGUGGCUCGUGCGCAGUGGAAGGUGGCUCGUGGCGCAGUGGAAGGUGGCUCGUGCGCAGUGGAAGGUGCUCGUGCAGCAGUGGAAGGUGGCUCGUGCGCAGUGGAAGGUGGCUCGUGCGCAGUGGAAGGUGGCUCGUGCGCAGUGGAAGGUGGCUCGUGGCGCAGUGGAAGGUGGCUCUGGAAGGUGGCUCGUGCGCAGUGGAAGGUGGCUCGUGCGCAGUGGAAGGUGGCUCGUGCGCAGUGGAAGGUGGCUCGUGCGCAGUGGAAGGUGGCUCGUGCGCAGUGGAAGGUGGCUCGUGCGCAGUGGAAGGUGGCUCGUGCGCAGUGGAAGGUGGCUCGUGCGCAGUGGAAGGUGGCUCGUGCGCAGUGGAAGGUGGCUCGUGCGCAGUGGAAGGUGGCUCGUGCGCAGUGGAAGGUGGCUCGUGCGCAGUGGAAGGUGGCUCGUGCGCAGUGGAAGGUGGCUCGUGCGCAGUGGAAGGUGGCUCGUGCGCAGUGGAAGGUGGCUCGUGCGCAGUGGAAGGUGGCUCGUGCGCAGUGGAAGGUGGCUCGUGCGCAGUGGAAGGAAGGUGGCUCGUGCGCAGUGGAAGGUGGCUCGUGCGCAGUGGAAGGUGGCUCGUGCGCAGUGGAAGGUGGCUCGUGCGCAGUGGAAGGUGGCUCGUGCGCAGUGGAAGGUGGCUCGGUCGUGCGCAGUGGAAGGUGGCUGCGUGCGCAGUGGAAGGUGGCUCGUGCGCAAGUGGAAGGUGGCUCGUGCGCAGUGGGAAGGUGGCUCCUGUGCGCAGUGGAAGGUGGCUCGUGCGCAGUGGAAGGUGGCUCGUGCGCAGUGGAAGGUGGCUCGUGCGCAGUGGAAGGGAAGGUGGCUCGUGCGCAGUGGAAGGUGGCUCGUGCGCAGUGGAAGGUGGCUCGUGCGCAGUGGAAGGUGGCUCGUGCGCAGUGGAAGGUGGCUCGUGCGCAGUGGAAGGUGGCUCGUGCGCAGUGGAAGGUGGCUCGUGCGCAGUGGAAGGUGGCUCGUGCGCAGUGGAAGGUGGCUCGUGCGCAGUGGAAGGUGGCUCGUGCGCAGUGGAAGGUGGCUCGUGCGCAGUGGAAGGUGGCUCGUGCGCAGUGGAAGGUGGCUCGUGCGCAGUGGAAGGUGGCUCGUGCGCAGUGGAAGGUGGCUCGUGCGCAGUGGAAGGUGGCUCGUGCGCAGUGGAAGGUGGCUCGUGCGCAGUGGAAGGUGGCUCGUGCGCAGUGGAAGGUGGCUCGUGCGCAGUGGAAGGUGGCUCGUGCGCAGUGGAAGGUGGCUCGUGCGCAGUGGAAGGUGGCUCGUGCGCAGUGGAAGGUGGCUCGUGCGCAGUGGAAGGUGGCUCGUGCGCAGUGGAAGGUGGCUCGUGCGCAGUGGAAGGUGGCUCGUGCGCAGUGGAAGGUGGCUCGUGGCGCAGUGGAAGGUGGCUCGUGCGCAGUGGAAGGUGGCUCGUGCGCAGUGGAAGGUGGCUCGUGGCUCGUGCGCAGUGGAAGGUGGCUCGUGCGCAGUGGAAGGUGGCUCGUGCGCAGUGGAAGGUGGCUCGUGCCAGUGGAAGGUGGCUCGUGCGCAGUGGAAGGUGGCUCGUGCGCAGUGGAAGGUGGCUCGUGCGCAGUGGAAGGUGGCUCGUGCGCAGUGGAAGGUGGCUCGUGCGCAGUGGAAGGUGGCUCGUGCGCAGUGGAAGGUGGCUCGUGCGCAGUGGAAGGUGGCUCGUGCGCAGUGGAAGGUGGCUCGUGCGCAGUGGAAGGUGGCUCGUGCGCAGUGGAAGGUGGGCUCGGCGCAGUGGAAGGUGGCUCGUGCGCAGUGGAAGGUGGCUCGGUGCGCAGUGGGAAGGUGGCUCGUGCGCAGUGGAAGGUGGCCUCGGUUGCGCAGUGGAAGGUGGCGGUCGUGGCGCAGUGGAAGGUGGCUCGUGCGCAGUGGAAAGGUGGCUCCGCAGUGGAAGGUGCCGCAGUGGGAAGGUGGCUCGUGCCGCCAGGUGGAAAAGUGGAAGGUGGCUCGUGGCGCAGUGGAAGGUGGCUCGUAGCGCAGUGGAGGUGGCUCGUGCCGCAGUGGAAAGUUGGCUGUGCGCAGGGAAGGUGUCUCGUGCGCAGUGGAAAGGUGGCUCGUGCGCAGUUGGAAGGUGGCUCGUGCGCAGUGGAAAGGUGGCUCGUGUCUGCAGUGGAAGGUGGCUCAGUGCGCAGUGGAAGGUGGCUCGUGCGCAGUGGAAGGUGGUCUCGUGGCCAUGGAGGUGGCUCUGCGUCAGUGGAAGGUGGCUCGUGGCGCAGUGGGAAGGUGGCUCGUGCGCAAGUGGAAGGUGGGCUCGUGCGCGAGUGGAAGGUGGCUCGUGGCGCAGUGGAAGGUGGCUCGUGCGCAGUGGAAGGUGGCUCGUGCGCAGUGGAAGGUGGCUCGUGCGCAGUGGAAGGUGGCUCGGCGCAGUGGAAGGUGGCUCGGUGCGCAGUGGAAGGGGUGGCUCGUGCGCAGUGGAAGGUGGCUCGCCAGUGCGCAGUGGAAGGUGGCUCGUGCGCAGUGGAGGUGGCUCGUGCGCAGUGGAAGGUGGCUCGUGCGCAAGUGGAAGGUGGCUCGUGCGCAGUGGAAGGUGCUCGUGCGCAGUGGAAGGUGGCUCGUGCGCAGUGGAAGGUGGCUCGUGGCGCAGUGGAAGGUGGCUCGUGCGCAGUGGAAGGUGGCUCCGGUGCGCAGUGGAAGGUGGCUCGUGCGCAGUGGAAGGUGGCUCGUGCGCAGUGGAAGGUGGCUCGUGCGCAGUGGAAGGUGGCUCGUGCGCAGUGGAAGGUGGCUACGUGCGCAGUGGAAGGUGGCUCGUGCGCAGUGGGAAGGUGGCUCGUGCGCAGUGGAAGGUGGCUCUUGCGCAGUGGAAGGUGGCUCGUGCGCAGUGGAAGGUGGCUCGUGCGCAGUGGAAGGUGGCUCGGCGCAGUGGAAGGUGGCUCGUGCGCAGUGGAAGGUGGCUCGUGCGCAGUGGAAGGUGGCUCGUGCGCAGUGGAAGGUGGCUCGUGCGCAGUGGAAGGUGGGCUCGUGCGCAGUGGAAGGUGGCUCGUGCCGCAGUGGAAGGUGGCUCGUGCGCAGUGGAAGGUGGCUCGUGCGCAGUGGAAGGUGGCUCGUGCGCAGUGGAAGGUGGCUCGUGCGCAGUGGAAGGUGGCUCGUGCGCGAGUGGAAGGUGGCUCGUGCGCAGUGGAAGGUGGCUCGUGCGCAGUGGAAGGUGGCUCGUGCGCAGUGAAGGUGGCUCGGUGCACAGUUGGAAGGUGGCUCGUGCGCAGUGGAAAGGGUGGCUCGUGCGCAGUGGUAAGGUGGCGUCGUGUGCGCAGUGGAAGGUGGCUCGUGCGCAGUGGAAAGGUGGCUCUGACGCAGUGGAAGGUGGCUCGUGCAAGUUGGAAGGUGGCUCGGGCGCAGUGGAAGGGUGGCUCGUGCGCAGUGGAAGGUGUGGCUCGUGCGCAGUGGAAGUGGCUCGAUGCGCAGUGGAAGGUGGCUCGUGCGCAGUGGAAGGUGGCUCGUGCGCAGUGGAAGGUGGCUCGUGCGCAGUGGAAGGUGGCUCGUGCGCAGUGGAAGGUGGCUCGUGCGCAGUGGAAGGUGGCUCGUGCGCAGUGGAAGGUGGCUCGUGCGCAGUGGAAGGUGGCUCGUGCGCAGUGGAAGGUGGCUCGUGCGCAGUGGAAGGUGGCUCGUGCGCAGUGGAAGGUGGCUCGUGCGCAGUGGAAGGUGGCUCGUGCGCAGUGGAAGGUGGCUCGUGGCGCAGUGGAAGGUGGCUCGUGCGCAGUGGAAGGUGGCUCGUGCGCAGUGGAAGGUGGCUCGUGCGCAGUGGAAGGUGGCUCGUGCGCAGUGGAAGGUGGCUCGUGCGCAGUGGAAGGUGGCUCGUGCGCAGUGGAAGGUGGCUCGUGCGCAGUGGAAGGUGGCUCGUGCGCAGUGGAAGGUGGCUCGUGCGCAGUGGAAGGUGGCUCGUGCGCAGUGGAAGGUGGCUCGUGCGCAGUGGAAGGUGGCUCGUGCGCAGUGGAAGGUGGCUCGUGCGCAGUGGAAGGUGGCUCGUGCGCAGUGGAAGGUGGCUCGUGCGCAGUGGAAGGUGGCUCGUGCGCAGUGGAAGGUGGCUCGUGCGCAGUGGAAGGUGGCUCGUGCGCAGUGGAAGGUGGCUCGUGCGCAGUGGAAGGUGGCUCGUGCGCAGUGGAAGGUGGCUCGUGCGCAGUGGAAGGUGGCUCGUGCGCAGUGGAAGGUGGCUCGUGCGCAGUGGAAGGUGGCUCGUGCGCAGUGGAAGGUGGCUCGUGCGCAGUGGAAGGUGGCUCGUGCGCAGUGGAAGGUGGCUCGUGCGCAGUGGAAGGUGGCUCGUGCGCAGUGGAAGGUGGCUCGUGCGCAGUGGAAGGUGGCUCGUGCGCAGUGGAAGGUGGCUCGUGCGCAGUGGAAGGUGGCUCGUGCGCAGUGGAAGGUGGCUCGUGCGCAGUGGAAGGUGGCUCGUGCGCAGUGGAAGGUGGCUCGUGCGCAGUGGAAGGUGGCUCGUGCGCAGUGGAAGGUGGCUCGUGCGCAGUGGAAGGUGGCUCGUGCGCAGUGGAAGGUGGCUCGUGCGCAGUGGAAGGUGGCUCGUGCGCAGUGGAAGGUGGCUCGUGCGCAGUGGAAGGUGGCUCGUGCGCAGUGGAAGGUGGCUCGUGCGCAGUGGAAGGUGGCUCGUGCGCAGUGGAAGGUGGCUCGUGCGCAGUGGAAGGUGGCUCGUGCGCAGUGGAAGGUGGCUCGUGCGCAGUGGAAGGUGGCUCGUGCGCAGUGGAAGGUGGCUCGUGCGCAGUGGAAGGUGGCUCGUGCGCAGUGGAAGGUGGCUCGUGCGCAGUGGAAGGUGGCUCGUGCGCAGUGGAAGGUGGCUCGUGCGCAGUGGAAGGUGGCUCGUGCGCAGUGGAGGUGGCUCGUGCGCAGUGGAAGGUGGCUCGUGCGCAGUGGAAGGUGGCUCGUGCGCAGUGGAAGGUGGCUCGUGCGCAGUGGAAAGGUGGCUCGUGCGCAGUGGAAGGUGGCUCGUGGCUCGUGCGCAGUGGAAGGUGGCUCGUGCGCAGUGGAAGGUGGCUCGUGCGCAGUGGAAGGUGGCUCGUGCGCAGUGGAAGGUGGCUCGUGCGCAGUGGAAGGUGGCUCGUGCGCAGUGGAAGGUGGCUCGUGCGCAGUGGAAGGGUGGCUCGUGCGCAGUGGAAGGUGGCUCGUGCGCAGUGGAAGGUGGCUCGUGCGCAGUGGAAGGUGGCUCGUGCGCAGUGGAAGGUGGCUCGUGCGCAGUGGAAGGUGGCUCGUGCGCAGUGGAAGGUGGCUCGUGCGCAGUGGAAGGUGGCUCGUGCGCAGUGGAAGGUGGCUCGUGCGCAGUGGAAGGUGGCUCGUGCGCAGUGGAAGGUGGCUCGUGUGCGCAGUGGAAGGUGGCUCGUGCGCAGUGGAAGGUGGCUCGUGCGCAGUGGAAGGUGGCUCGUGCGCAGUGGAAAGGUGGCUCGUGCGCAGUGGAAGGUGGCUCGUGCGCAGUGGAAGGUGGCUCGUGCGCAGUGGAAGGUGGCUCUGUGCGCAGUGGAAGGUGGCUCGUGCGCAGUGGAAGGUGGCUCGUGCGCAGUGGAAGGUGGCUCGUGCGCAGUGGAAGGUGGCUCGUGCGCAGUGGAAGGUGGCUCGUGCGCAGUGGAAGGUGGCUCGUGCGCAGUGGAAGGUGGCUCGUGCGCAGUGGAAGGUGGCUCGUGCGCAGUGGAAGGUGGCUCGUGCGCAGUGGAAGGUGGCUCGUGCGCAGUGGAAGGUGGCUCCCGUGCGCAGUGGAAGGUGGCUCGUGCGCAGUGGAAGGUGGCUCGUGCGCAGUGGAAGGUGGCUCGUGCGCAGUGGAAGGUGGCUCGUGCGCAGUGGAAGGUGGCUCGUGCGCAGUGGAAGGUGGCUCGUGCGCAGUGGAAGGUGGCUCGUGCGCAGUGGAAGGUGGCUCGUGCGCAGUGGAAGGUGGCUCGUGCGCAGUGGAAGGUGGCUCGUGCGCAGUGGAAGGUGGCUCGUGCGCAGUGGAAGGUGGCUCGUGCGCAGUGGAAGGUGGCUCGUGCGCAGUGGAAGGUGGCUCGUGCGCAGUGGAAGGUGGCUCGUGCGCAGUGGAAGGUGGCUCGUGCGCAGUGGAAGGUGGCUCGUGCGCAGUGGAAGGUGGCUCGUGCGCAGUGGAAGGUGGCUCGUGCGCAGUGGAAGGUGGCUCGUGCGCAGUGGAAGGUGGCUCGUGCGCAGUGGAAGGUGGCUCGUGCGCAGUGGAAGGUGGCUCGUGCGCAGUGGAAGGUGGCUCGUGCGCAGUGGAAGGUGGCUCGUGCGCAGUGGAAGGUGGCUCGUGCGCAGUGGAAGGUGGCUCGUGCGCAGUGGAAGGUGGCUCGUGCGCAGUGGAAGGUGGCUCGUGCGCAGUGGAAGGUGGCUCGUGCGCAGUGGAAGGUGGCUCGUGCGCAGUGGAAGGUGGCUCGUGCGCAGUGGAAGGUGGCUCGUGCGCAGUGGAAGGUGGCUCGUGCGCAGUGGAAGGUGGCUCGUGCGCAGUGGAAGGUGGCUCGUGCGCAGUGGAAGGUGGCUCGUGCGCACACAUCAUUGCUGCUGCAGCAGUGGUACUGCUAA